AAAGAUGAGGGCUGCCUGCAGCAGUGGCUGGAGGCUUUUGUGGCUUCCUUUGAGAAGCUUGUUGAUGUGCAGUCACUGGAGCCUCGCAGGCUGGAGAACUAUAUUACGGAGGUUCCCCUCGUACCCAGGGACAUACUGGUGUUCUUCAGUGACCAGCUAUCACACAGUGCCAUUCACCUCUCUGGGGGCGACAGUAACAACAGCACCCUGCUCCUCUCUGGGGGCGACAGUAACAACAGCACCCUGCUCCUCUCUGGGGGCGACAGUAACAACAGCACCCUGCACCUCUCUGGGGGCGACAGUAACAACAGCACCCUGCUCCUCUCUGGGGGCGACAGUAACAACAGCACCCUGCUCCUCUCUGGGGGCGACAGUAACAACAGCACCCUGCACCUCUCUGGGGGCGACAGUAACAACAGCACCCUGCUCCUCUCUGGGGGCGACAGUAACAACAGCACCCUGCUCCUCUCUGGGGGCGACAGUAACAACAGCACCCUGCACCUCUCUGGGGGCGACAGUAACAACAGCACCCUGCUCCUCUCUGGGGGCGACAGUAACAACAGCACCCUGCUCCUCUCUGGGGGCGACAGUAACAACAGCACCCUGCACCUCUCUGGGGGCGACAGUAACAACAGCACCCUGCUCCUCUCUGGGGGCGACAGUAACAACAGCACCCUGCACCUCUCUGGGGGUGACAGUAACAACAGCACCCUGCACCUCUCUGGGGGCGACAGUAACAACAGCACCCUGCUCCUCUCUGGGGGCGACAGUAACAACAGCACCCUGCACCUCUCUGGGGGCGACAGUAACAACAGCACCCUGCUCCUCUCUGGGGGCGACAGUAACAACAGCACCCUGCUCCUCUCUGGGGGCGACAGUAACAACAGCACCCUGCACCUCUCUGGGGGCGACAGUAACAACAGCACCCUGCACCUCUCUGGGGGCGACAGUAACAACAGCACCCUGCACCCCCUGCUGCUUAUUAAGUUCUUCAUUAUCGUCUGCAGGAAUAUGGAAAACAUUGACCCAGAGAAGACCCCAGGCUUUGUCUUCGAGACCAUUACACUGUUAAACUUCUGCUUGACUCAGCUGAAGAAGCAGCCUGCGGAUCAGUCGUCCCUCCAGACAGUGAUUCAGUAUGGCCUAAUGCUGUUGGAAAGUCUCUUUGACCCUUACAAUACAUGGAGGAGACGCCUGACAGGGGAGGAGGUGAGCAUGGUGGAGAGGAGCAAGUAUAAGUUCUCCCCUCUCCCCUUACCAGAGGAGCUGCCUGCUCUAUUCCAUG